CCCCUGCAGGAGUCCAGAUGCAGGCCAAGUACAGCAGCACGAGGGACAUGCUGGACUUUGAUAGGGACACCGUCAUGAGUGUGUCAUCUCGAGCCUCUUCUACGACCCAGCGGCCAGAGGCUGGGCACACAGGACACCGGCCUCCCUCUUCAGUUUGGCGUCCAGUGGCCCUGACCCUGCUGACUUUGUGUUUGGUGCUGCUGAUUGGCCUGUUAGCCCUGGGCCUUGUGUUUUUUCAGUUCUACCAGCUUUCCAAUACCCAGCAAGACAGCAUUUCUCACAAGGAAGAAAGAUUGGGGAAUCUCUCCCGACAGCUGCAGUCUCUCCAAACCAGGAACAGGAAGCUUGCGGAAAUCCUGCAGCGUGUGGCUGAAAAACUGUGUCGUGAGCUCUAUAACAAAAGUGGAGAGCACAGAUGCAGCCCUUGUCCAGAAGAAUGGAAGUGGCAUGGGGACAAAUGCUACCGAUUCUAUAUAGAGAGCAAGAAUUGGCAAGGCUGUGAAUAUUUCUGCAUUGCUGAGAAUGCGACCAUGCUGAAAAUAAACACACAGGAAGUGCUGGAGUUUGCCAUGCCUCAGAGCUACUCUGAGUUUUUCUACUCUUAUUGGACAGGGCUAUCUCGCAACGGCAGUGGCAAAGUCUGGCUGUGGACCGAUGGAGCCCUUUACUCCCCCGAACUGUUUGAGAUUAUAGUAGAUUUUACCAGCCUAAGAAGCAGAGACUGUGUGACCAUCCUCAAUGGAAAGGCUUUCUCGAAGGACUGCAAAGAGUUGAGGCGGUGUGCAUGUGAAAGAAGGGCAACCACAGUGAAGCCCGAGAGCUUCCGUUAGCUUCCCUGAGCCAUGGGUUCUCCCACCAUAAUUGCAACAUCAUAGUCCCUUCAAGGAGACUGAAGAUCAGAACAGAAGUCAGUCUGUUUAUGUGCAGCUCUAAGAGUCUGGUUUCAGUUCCUAUUUUCUCCCAUGUGGUCCAUAUUUAUACAACAAUUCAACAAAAAGGUUGAGUCAAGCAAAGUCAAUGCAAAGGAUAUUUGAAACUUUGGAACAUGGAAAAAAAAAAUAGGAGAGGCAAUUUUUCUGACUGGUGCAAGAGGGAUUUUCAUGAUCCCCAGAACUUCUGAGCUUGGGUUCAUGCAUGUAUUUAGUCACAAAGAAAUCCCAUGUACCAACAACCAGUCCCAGAAUCUCGCAAAAUUGUAAUUCACCUUCUUGACUUAGAGAUCACUUUCUAGUGUUCUUCCUUCUCAAUAUCUAGUACCAUCUUCCUGUUUCCAUGUCUUCCUUCAUAUUUGGAGAAGUGAGAAACUUAUUGAAGUAGGGGAAAUAAUGUGCAUAACAUUGUUUGCCCCAAAUGUCAAGUAGUCUGUAAGAAAUUAACAAUCAUUUUCUAUACCAUGCUUCUAAAUACAUAAUUAAUUCUUUCUGUUUGUUUCCCACCAUACUUUUCCCUUCCAGUCUCUCAAUAAAGCCCCUAUCUGCCAUGUCUAUGACCUGCUUCCUACUGGGAUAAUCCUCUUUAUUAGAAUCUUAACUUUUUCCAAACUUAUCUCCCCAUAUCCAUUGAAGAAUCCAACAGCUGGGGCACCUGGGUGGAUCAGUCAGUUAGGCAUCGAUUCUUGAUUUCAGUUUCAGGUCAUGACCUGAGGGUUCUGGAAUCAAACCCUGUAUCAGGCUCUUUGCUGAGUGGAACUUGCUUAAGAUUUUUUUUCUCUCCCUCUCCCUCUCUCUCUGCCCCUCCCCACUCAUGACCUCUUGCUCAAAAAAAAAAAAAAAAAGAAGUACUCCAAUGAUUUUGUCCUUUCCCUAGGAAAUUCUUCCAGGAAAGAAAUAUCCUCAGCUCAGUUCCAUAUCCAAAUUACUGUCCCUGAUGUUUCCUUCAGAAAGAUUGAAGACCAGAGCAAAAAUCAGUCUCUUUAUGUGGGUCUAUAAUAGUUUGGUUUCAGCUCCUAUUUUUUUUUCCAUUUGAUCCGUGUUUAUGCCUUUCAGGUACUGGAUAUUUAAUAAUAAUAAAUGUAAAUAAUGUGAAAUGUGUGUGAUUGGAGAAUAGAUUUGUGAUUUGGGGACAAUUUCAGUGUGGAGAUGCUUUUCAAAAAUGAUAGCAAUCUGUGUUUUGGUUGUUUGUGCCUUAUGGAGAAUUUGUAGGGAUUCUACAACAGUACUGAUUAUUUGAGGAAGAUAAAUCUUUGAGAAAGACUUCCUGUCUUCAAGAAGAUGAUUUUAACAGUUUCCUGAGAUGAAGUCCUUUGAGGCUAGUUUGCCAUCAACACAUAGCUAAAAAUGAGUAAAUAAAAUCUCAGUAGGGCGAAUUAUCCAAUAAGGUCAUGGAAAGUGGAAGAGAGACUGUGACAUCUGCACACAUCAUUGGUUUCUUGUGUUGUGCCCCCUUGCUCAGGAUGCCAAUAUGCACAAUCUUAACAGGGAUUACUGCAAAUAACACCAUCACAUCCAGUGACUUUGUUGCUUUACAGAUAAAUGAGUUUUAGGGGUUUAAUGCUAGUGAGGAUCAUCUAGUAUAAAUCUUUAUUUUUCAGCAAUGAAAACUAGGGUGCUUUAGUUUUAUUUUCAGUAAACACCUAUCACACGGUGAAAUGACAUUAAAUUAGCAAACAUAUGAUAAGAACAUUUCUGUAUUCAUUUUCAUAAGACUGUGUUACUUAGCAAUCACUACUUGCACAUUUCUUCCUUAUGAAUUUUCCUUUUGGCUUUCUGUUGAUUAUGAAAUUUUUUCAGUGUUGAACAGAUUUUGUGUCGAUUCAUUGUGUCAUGCAGAAAGACUGUCUUUGUGGUCAUAAAAUUAGAGUUUUAAAUCU